AUGGCAUCAUCAGAUGAAGAGGGUGAGAUUGUUCCAGAUUCUGUUGAUAGUUAUUGGUUUGAAAAUGAUAAGGCGGAAUUUGUUUCACUUUUUAGUUUGACAUUAUUGUGGAGUGUUGACGAGGUCGAAUGUGACUCAGAAACAAAAGUGUUUUUACAUGGCACCACAGAUAAUGGCAUCCAGAAAAUUCACAAACAGAUUACAGGAUGGAGAUUUGAACUUUCAUGCGAAAAGCCUGAGAUUUCAGUUCUUUUGAGGGAGAAAUACUGGAUAGCUCUUCUAAAACCAAAAAAAUGCUUUGAAAGUACUAUUAAGUCAGUUUUGGUCACAGUUUCUUGGUUGCAUUUUGUGAAAUGGAAUCCAGAGGAAUCAAGAAUAUUAAUUUGGAACAAAGUGUUGACGGAAUUUAGCACAUUUGAUAUUCCACCUUCUGAGAAUGAUGUUCUAUGUCAUAUGGCAUUGAUUACAGAGGCUGCUAAAAGGGACGCAGAUUUAACAAAAUCCAAGUAUUUGCUUAAUUUCAUAGGAAAGACAUGUUCGAAUGAAGACUUCCAUGAGCAGGAUGUUCACACGACAAAGAAAUUAACAUUUAUAGUUGAAUCAGAAGAGGAGGAGGAGGAUGACAAAUCUGAAGGUGAAGGUGAACUCAAUGUAGAUGGAGAGCAAAAUAUCGGAUAUGAUACUGUUUGUGCAAUUUGUGAUAAUGGUGGUGAAGUACUUCCCUGUGAAGGAAGGUGUCUGAGAUCCUUCCAUGCAACUAUAGAAGAUGGUAGAGAUUCAUUAUGUGAAUCUCUUGGCUACACUAGUACUCAAGUUAAUGCUUUUCCAAACUUCUAUUGUGACAAUUGUAGAUAUAAGAAGCAUCAAUGCUUUGCAUGUGGCAGACUGGGUUCAUCUGAUGAAUCAUCUAAUCCAGAGGUAUUUCCUUGUGUUACUGCAAAUUGUGGUCACUAUUACCAUCCUGAAUGUGUUGCAAGACUACUCAACCCUGGAAUUGACACCAAACAAGAGGAAAUAAAACAGAAAAUUGCCAUUGAAAAAACAUUUCUCUGUCCUCUUCAUAUCUGUUCUGCAUGUAGAAAAGGUGAAAAUAGGAAUGUUCAUGAUUUGCAAUUUGCGAUGUGUAGACGCUGCCCCAAGGCUUACCAUAGGAAAUGCUUACCCAAGGAAAUUUCCCCCGUAUUUGAUUAUUAUAUGGGCAUUGAGCAAAGGGCUUGGGACAAUCUCCUUGACAAACGAAUUUUGAUGUAUUGCUUGGAUCAUGAGAUAGUUCCGGAACUUGGAACUCCAGCUAGAAACCAUCUAAUCUUUCCUGAUAAGGAUAUCAAAAGGAAGAAAAUCAGUUUCAAGUUAUUAAACAAAGAGAAGGUUGGAAUGACAUCGAACAAAAGUUUUGAAGAACUUCUUCUCAAUAAGACACUGGCGCCAAAACCAACUUUAACGGAAAGAUCUGUCCCUCAAAGUGGAAAUUCUUCCAACGUUAUGGAGAAAAUAUGCUCUAAGCCAGAUACACAUUUGUCAUUUGAGCAGCCCAAAAAAUAUUUAAAGGUUGAAACAAUGUCUGCGUCAAAUAGGUGCUUACCGAAUUUUGAUAGCAAAGUGCCUUUGAAAAAUGAUAAAUUGACUUGUAUUCCAAAGCUGCAUGAAGCUACAUCACAACAGCAAAGAUCUGUUGGUAGAAUUGAAGAAACAAGCUUGAAGAAGCCUUCGUAUAAAAAAGUCAAAACUUCACUUGAAGUUAGAAAAGCAGAUAUGGAAAAACGAAUUUUGUCUUUGAUGGAAGAGGCCACAUCUACAUUGAACAUGGAAAAUUUUAAAAAGGAACAACAAGUCUUCAAUACAAGUUCAAGUUCCACAGAAACUGUAUUUCAUAAGAACCUUACUCAAGGAAAAGUUGAAGGUUCUAUUAAGGCCAUUCAAAUAGCUUUACAGAAGUUAGAUGAAGGAUGUAGUAUUGAGGAAGCAAAAGCUAUUUGUGAGCCAGAAAUUGUUCGUCAGCUUUUUAUUUGGCAGAAGCAACUCAAGGUCUAUCUUGCACCUUUUCUUCAUGGAAUGCGAUAUACUUCAUUUGGUCGCCAUUUCACUAAAAUAGACAAGUUGAAGGAGAUUGUUGAUAGGCUUCAUUGGUAUGUGCAAAAUGGUGACACGGUUUUGGACUUCUGUUGUGGUGCGAAUGAUUUCAGCUGUCUAAUGAAAUCAAAGCUUGACCAGACUGGGAAGUCAUCAUGUUCAUUUAAGAACUAUGAUUUAUUCCAAGCUAAGAAUGAUUUCAACUUCGAAAAAAGAGAUUGGAUGAGUAUCAAGCCUGAGGAAUUACCAGAUGGUUCUCAGCUUAUCAUAGGGCUGAAUCCUCCUUUUGGGGUCAAGGGUUUUCUUGCUAACAAAUUUAUCAACAAGGCAUUGACGUUUAAGCCAAAACUCCUUAUACUUAUCGUGCCGAAAGUAACAAAAAGACUUGACAGAAAGAAAGGUGGAUAUGACUUAAUUUGGGAGGACAAUGAAAUAUGUUCAGGAAAGUCAUUUUAUCUACCGGGUUCUGUCGAUACUCGAGACAAGCAAUUGGAAGACUGGAACCUGAAGCCGCCACCUCUUUACCUUUGGAGUCGCCCUGACUGGACUCAUAGACACAUUGAAAUUGCUCAAAUUCAUUGCCACAUCAAACAUGACGCGUAUAAUAAUAAAGUACAAGAAAUGACAAAUUAUCUUAUGGAGGAGAAUCUUGAUUGUUAUAUGGAGUAUCCUGGAUUACAUGCACCUGGUAAUUUUUUAAGCAUAUUUGAUGGUGUUCCAGAUGAUAAUGGCAUUCCACUAGAGGAUGGUGCAACUUACUUUCCUUGA